CGGUAACGGGGGUGUCAGAAAGUAGCUGCCAGGAGUGGUGAUGGGUAGGGGGUGCUACCUAGUCUUACUUAAGUAUACCCAUAGCCGACCCAGAAAGUAUUAUGUGUAGACGUCCACCUACAACUAGUACCUUCGAAUUCCAAAAUUGAACAAAUUGGAAGAUGGGUACCCCGGAAGUUCCAGACUUCGAUGACCUUCCCGAAGUGAAGGGAAUGCCUCAAGGCUGUGCAUGGGGUGUCUUCGACAAAGACGGUAAAAAGGAUUUGCUAGGAACUCUAAAUCUCCUGACCACAGAUGUCGUCAAAGCGGCAUGCUUUGAGGCCAGAGAUGGGGUCUCAAUAUCUCUUAACUGGCCACUCAAUGCCAUGGGCUUUCCCCUGCCGGGGAGGAUGCAACCCGUUCACAAACAGGUGACCUUGAAGGAAAUAGGCUUAUCCGAAGGUGCAGGGUGGGAUGAUGAGAUCCAUUUCAACACGCAACUCAGCAGUCAAUGGGACAGUCUGGUGCACUGGCACCACCAACCUUCCGGUCUCGCAUAUAACGGCAUCAAGGUGACCAAGGAGGGACUAGCAGCAUCGAACACAGCCUCAAACACGACGCCAACACUGGAUCACUGGCAUGCUGCCGGCGGGCUCGUCGCUCGAGGUGUUCUGAUCGAUUUCAAGGAAUGGGCAGAGGAAAAGGCACGGGCCGAGGGGAAGACAGGCGAUGAUGCUAUCGCCCAUCCACUCGACGGUCAUCGUAUUACGGUGGAGGAUAUAGAAACAAUAGCCAAGGAUCAGGGUGUUGAGUUCCGGCACGGUGACGUUCUCAUCGUCCGUACUGGUUUGACAGAAUAUCUCCAGGCCCCGACGCCAGAAUUAUUUGCAAAAUUGCAGGGUGCGAAGAUAGCAGGCGUACAUGGGACCGUUGAAACUGCCAAAUGGCUCUGGAAUAAGCAUUUCGCUGCUGUGGCUGGAGACGCAUGGGCAUUCGAAUCGCUCCCUCCGGUGAAGGAAGACGGCUCGGUGGCAACACACACGGAUUUGGUACUCCAUCCUUGGUUGCUCGCCAUGUUCGGCAUGCCAAUUGGUGAGCUGUGGGAUCUUAAAGCUCUCUCAGCCCAUUGCAAAGCGUCUGGACGGUACAGUUUCCUGCUCUCUUCGGCGCCGUUGAAUAUCCCAGGUCUGAUCGGUUCGCCGCCCAACGCAAUCGCCAUUUUCUAAGACAGAAAAGGCCCAAACAACACAAGGUAGGCAGGCCGUUUGACAUCUGUAUGGGCUUAUUCGUGAGAUAGUGAAACGGUUCGUCUGUGGCCAGUGUUAUCAGUCAAUGAAGGCUAUUUCAAUCCACAGAGUGUGCACGACUUCUCAGACG